AUGCUGGACACGCUGCAGGAGCCGGCGCGCCGCGCCGGCGCGUCUCCACACCCGCCUGGCGCCGAGCAGGUCCCGGAUGCAGAGGGCGAGGAUACAGAGCUUCAACGCGGUCCCGCGGAAGGCUCCAAAAAGCGGAAGGUCGAAGAGCUGCCCGAGUCAGCAGGCACAAGCCACAAGCGCGGCGGCGGAGAUCCAGCGCCUGCAGGACGCCGAGAGGGAGGGACGGAAGUCACAUCGCUGGCUGGCUCCUGCGAGGCAGAGACGAAAGCAGCCGCGAGUUCCCCGAGGUGGGCUGCAUCUCUCCAGACGUUGUCGCCCCAGUCCGUCUCUCACUCGCCCUCCUUAGCCGAAACUGCGUUCUGUGCCUCCUCGCCUGAAGGCCCCGCGCCUGCCACCGGCGCACUCUCCCCUGCUCUCUCCGCCGCAGCUGCCACUGCAUCGGGGGGUUCUCAUUCCUCUCGCGCGUCAGCGCCUGCCUCGCCUGCCGCCUCUGCGGAAUCUGUCUCUUCCGUCGCCUCGCCGGCUCCGACCUCGUCGCCGCGGCUCGGUUCUUCGUCUUCUUCCUCUCCUGCGUCUGGCGCCGCUGCUCUCUCGGCUAUCGGCUCCUUAGCCACCGCGUCUGAUGAGGGCGCUCUCGCGGCGACCGCAGCGGACGCCGCUGCUCCACUCAAGCCUCGAGGCUGCGCCGACCGCUACCGAGGCAAGUGGAUUCUCGCGCCGAUGGUCCGCAUCGGCAUCCUCCCCUUUCGGCUCGAAUGCCUCAAAUACGGCGCAGAUCUGGUCUACACAGAGGAGACGAUCGACCACAAGCUCGUGAACUCGGUUCGCACUUUCAAUGAGGAUUUCGGGACAACUGAGUUCGUUCACAAGACGGAGAAAACGUGUGUGUUUGCCACGUGCCUGGAGGAGAGGGGCAAAGUUGUUUUGCAGCUGGGGACGUCAAACGCCGCACGCGCGCUGCGAGCGGCCACCGCAGUCUCCCAGGAUGUGGCCGCAGUCGACGUCAACAUGGGAUGCCCAAAGAGCUUCUCGAUCAAAGGCGGCAUGGGGGCCGCGCUGCUGAAGACGCCUCUGAUCGCCACCGACAUUUUGAAGACACUCCGGAGGAAUUUGGAUAUUCCCGUCACCUGCAAAAUUCGCCUUCUUGAUACUAUCCAGCAGACCAUCGACUUCGCUCGCCUGUGCGAGAAUUGCGGUAUCGAAGCAAUCGCACUGCAUGCACGAGAGGUUCAUGAGCGACCGUCGCACCGCGCCCACUGGGAUCUCUUCCCGGUUGUUCGCUCGUCCCUCUCCAUCCCGCUCAUCGCAAACGGCGAUUUUCUCGCUUCCCGGGAUGUAUCUGUCUUCCAGGACAAAGUCGGCGCAGACAGUCUGAUGUUUGCGCGGGGGGCCAUGUGGGACCCGAGCAUUUUUUCUUGGAAGAACGUGCCGAGCGGUGUGCACGCUGGUACGUCGACGGACUGUACGUCGCUGGCGUCUGCUGGCGCUUCAUCUGGAGGGACACAGACAGGCGAGUCCGCGUCGCCUGCGCUCUCUCUGCUCUCCAGCAAUUCAAGCCGAGUCAAUGUCAUGGGAAGCUAUACCAAGCGAGCUCUCGUCUGUGGUGCGCCUUACCAAGCGAUCAAAUUCUGCCUUCAGAGCAUGGCGGCUCAGGCCAGCUGCGACCGAAACGUGAACCUGGCUAUCACCGCGAGCAAGUCGAACCGAGAGAUAUGCGAGGCACUCGGCAUCAGUCUCUUCUACGACGACCUGUCAUCGAAGUUGCCAGCACAGGCCAACAGCUUGCACUACCACAAAACGCGGGACUUGGUGGAAGUCGCCUCGACUGAGACAUUCGAUAGACCACUUGCAUUUUCCUCUUUUCUCUAA